GCGAUCAAAAGUAGUUUACCGGUGUGUAUAGGACGUUGCUGACAAUAUCACAGGACAGUAGGGAUUGUUAUGGGGAUCUGAUUUUGGUGCGGAGCUUAUCUAUAGACAUUUAGAAAAAUCAAUGAAGGAUACAGGAUCUGUUCAAAAGCUUUCACCGAAAUCCGAGAUGGAUCCUAACCAGAGCGUGAAGUGUAAAAUCGUUGUCGUUGGGGACAGCCAGUGUGGAAAAACUGCUCUACUUCACGUCUUUGCAAAAGAUUGCUUUCCAGAGAACUAUGUCCCAACUGUGUUUGAGAACUACACAGCCAGUUUUGAAAUCGACACGCAAAGAAUAGAACUUAGUCUCUGGGACACUUCAGGAUCUCCAUACUAUGACAAUGUGCGACCGCUCUCCUACCCAGACUCUGAUGCAGUCCUCAUCUGCUUUGAUAUCAGCAGACCAGACACCCUGGACAGUGUACUGAAGAAGUGGCGAGUAGAGAUCCAGGAGUUUUGUCCCAACACCAAGAUUCUGCUGGUGGGAUGCAAGUCAGACCUCCGCACAGACCUCACCACACUGGUGGAACUGUCCAAUCACAGACAGACACCCGUGUCAUAUGAUCAGGGCUCCAACAUGGCCAAGCAGAUCAGUGCUCCCUACAUCGAGUGUUCAUCCCUGCAGUCUGAGAACAGCGUCAGAGACAUCUUCCACGUGGCCACGCUUGCGUGCGUCAACAAGAGCAACAAGAACGUCAAACGCAACAAAUCCUCCAGGGGCACCAAGAGGAUCUCGCACAUGCCCAGCAGGCCCGAACUCACCGCUGUCACAUCAGACCUGCGUAAAGACAAGGCCAAGAGCUGUACAAUAAUGUGAUUGGUUGGGGUAGGGAGACUGACUGGACUGUGGGAGGAGCAGGCAGGUGAUGGGGACUGGACACUUUGCAUAGAGCCCCUCCCACUCAACUCACACGCAAAGGAGUGAGAAGGCGAGUUAGCGCUGCACUUUAAAUCCGCUUCUCCACUGGUUUGUAUUGAUGCAAAACAUAAACUUACAUCAAGCUCCCCUAGUCUGCGCCAUAGGAGAAGUUCACCAGGAGACUGAAGGAAACCGGACACUGGAGCCCAUCUGAGGCUUCAGAAUUGGGUUUUGGUUUAUUUUUAAGGCCAAGAUGGUCAACAACACUUUGACAUAAACUACAAGAAAGAGAUGGAAGACAUGCUGACUUCUGUCGGUCCUCAAAAGCUUUCUUUACCCCAGGAAAUAAUGUUUUUGGUCCAGCAAUUACAUCAUAACCUUUUGGUCUGGGAUCUGGACAGGAAAAGAGCUAAAGUGGUAUCAGGUUUUAAUUUUAUCUUCAGAAAGAUAUGAGAAGUGGUAUGGUGGUGGAUUCACCACUGAGUGACAAGAUUGUUGUUUAGAAGCAAGAGACUGCCGCUGUGUUCUGCUACAGUAAAAUGGAUCAAGAAGACAAAUGGAUCUCUUGCACUGGCCCCUGGUUCUGGCACUUACAGACGAAGUUACUAAAAGACAGAAACACUGGUUCGUUCACAUUGCCCAUCUUCUCCCCCUUUCUCUUUUGUUUCUGCCUUUAUGAGUUUGCCAAAUGAGAUGUUUGUUAUAAGCUGUUGCACACUGUUACGAAAGAUCUGAAAGCCUUUUUACUAUGUUUUGCUCCUUUGCAUAUCGUUCUAGUGCUGUUUUUAAACCUCAGCAUAGUCUGAACCCUUUGUUUUGCUGUUUAUCAUUUACAACCAAAAAAGCUUGACAGAGCGUUGAAAUCGCUUACAAAGUAGCUCUCUGGCAACGACUAAUGUGAUAAGCUGUGUAACGACCAUGACCAAUGAUUUUGAAGGAUGUGCUACAGUAUCUCUGAGGACAUAUCCUACACCCCUGCUCUUCUGUCACACUUCUGUCACUGGGAUGACUGCGCUCCCUGCUCUUCUCUCCCUGGCAUCGCAAGAGUUACGGGCAGCACAGCUGCCCAGUACAUGUGGUGCACACCCAUGCCGAGCUUAAUUAAGGGCUUAAACAUGGCCAGUGCUGAUCAAGCCACUGAGCUUCGGUUAUCGGCUCAGAAGACCAUUGCACAGAUCUUUUCAAGGAUGUCCUGGGCUAUGCAAUGUGAGGAUUCUUAUCGAACUCCAAGAAGGACAAUGGUCUGUAAAGACAAGUCUAGUUAUCAAUGUUUGCUGGUUCAUGACCUGUACAGUGCUGUUAUUGAUUUGGGGCGGCAGUGGUUAGCCUAGUGGUUAGAGCAUUGGAUUAGUAACCGAAAGGUUGCAAGUUCAAAUCCCCGAGCUGACAAGGUACAAAUCUGUCGUUCUGCCCCUGAACAGGCAGUUAACCCACUGUUCCUAGGCCGUCAUUGAAAAUAAGAAUUUGUUCUUAACUGACUUGCCUAGUUAAAUAAAGUUAAAAUAAAUACAUUUCUGUGUGGAGUGCUAGGGCAGACUACAUAUUACUCACACUGUUCAUCUCUGGUACAGAGGCACCACAUUCGUAGCCUACUCUUGAUUCAAAUACAAUUGCUAUUUGAUAACGAAUGUGACCAGCACACUGGGGCAGUAGGCUAAGUCCAGUAGCUAAGUAGAACUAGCCCGUAGCUAUAGCGCAUGGCGGCAGGUAACCUUGCGGUUAAGAGCAUUGGGCCAGUAACCGAAAGGUCGUUGGUUCGACUCCCCAAGGUGGGGAAAAAUCAGGCCUUCUGCCCUUGAGCAAGACUGUUAACCAUCUGCGCCUGGGGAACAGUUGGGGAUGUGGAUGUCGAUUUAAGGCAGCCGCUCCCCCAUACCACCUCUGAGGGGUUUGGUUAAAUGCAGAAGACUCGUUGUUGUGCAACUGAGAGGUAUCCCCCUUUCUCUCCACCCCUCCAAGCAGUUGCUGUUAAACUAGAUUUACAUCUUUCACAUCUAACAGUUACAAUUUCAGUUGUCUCCGCAGCAUAGUAAGUACUUGGGUGUUGUUGGUGUUUGAAGUCUGUUGAGCUGAUUUCAGAACAGCCCCCCAAGGCAGUAUAUCAGCUAGCGGGGGAAGCCUUAGCUCUCAGUAUGAAAAAAUUGUAAAUUAAAGUUCAGAAUGUGUUAGCUGUAGAAUAUCAACCUUUUUUUUUUUAAUGUUUAGUCCAUUUGUAUGUAUGUUUUGACAGUAUUUAUUGAAGUUAUAUAUUUUACCUUUUUGAAAAUAAAGUUCAAUGUACAGUA